AUGUCGUCGAUCAAAAAGUACCUUAAAUCUGCUAAAGCAUCUAUAGAAGCAAAUGAUCCUGAAUCAACACUAGAUUUUGCCAACGACGCUUUAGAAGAAGAUCCAAAUUGUUAUUUUGCAUAUGUAUUUAAAGGAAAAGCAUAUCAAUUGCUUAGAGACAUUCCAAAGGCAAUCAAGGCAUUUCAAAAGGCAACAGAGAUUGAACCAAAUAAUUUAUUGGCCUGGAAAGGAUAUUUUCAAGUCCUUAAAGUGUCUGAUGACUACAAAUUGUUCUUCCAAGUUUUGACCAAUUUAGUGAGACUUUUAACAGAUCAAGGGAUCUCAAUAGCGGAAACAUUGAAAGAUAUGAGAAACUAUUUGGAUCGCCAAAAGUACAAGAGUAAUGACAAUUUAUAUGAAUUUUAUUUGAGGUCAAUACUACCAGGAUCUGAAUUGGGUGACUUGAUUGGAACAGCCAUCGAACCUACUGAUGUUACAGUGAAAAAAUUGUUAGAUUUUAAGACUAGUCAAACUGAAAAAACUGUUGUCAAUAGAGUUUCCAAAGAAAGAGUUAAAUUUGGUAGGGUUAUAACUACUGAUCAAAAGGCAAAACUUGAUAACAUUGCUUGGUCUUAUUAUGAGGACGGUGAUAUUCUCGAGUUGUACGAAAUGUUUCUCAAUGUGUGUGACGAUGAAGAGUUGAGACACAAGUACGAAGAGAAAUUGUUAAAGUUCAAGUACGAACUCUUGAAGGUAUGUCCUGAUAAACAAGCAAUGCAUCAAGAUAUCAAAAACCAAAUGGAAGAUAUGAUUCUUAUCAAUACUAAAAGCUUGUUUUGUUGGAAUUUGUAUUUCGAUUGGUGUGAUGCAAAGACAAUCAAUGAUCUUGAUGAAAAUAAGGUGAUAUCUUACUUGCAAAUCUUUCAAAAUGAGGGUUUGGGGUUGAUUUUGUUUGCCUAUGUCAUGAGUGAUAUUUCUCCAUUUAGUAAAGAGAAAAUCGUGAAAAGUUUAUCGGCAUACGACAUCAACAAACGGAAGCCUGAUUCAUCGCAGUUGAAUCCUGAAGAUGACAAGGAUGCAGAACUUUUAGAAGAGCUUGCGGAUGAUGCCACUUUGGAAGACGAAACUUCUUCAUCUCAAUAUUAUUUACCCCAAGAUGAAGUUUUGGGUUUGAUUUUAGAAGGUUAUAGUAAAACGAAAAAUUCAGUGUUGGCCAGCAGAAUAAUUGUUAAUUACUAUAUUCAUUUGCGAGAAUAUAACUUGGCUUCGGAAAAAUGUCGUGAUGGUAUUAAAACUUUAGCUGAUAUUCAGCGGACUUUUGGGAUAGAUUUGACAAAUACCAAGGAGGACUUUUUGUGUUCACUUGCAAUUGUGUACACUUAUUAUGAAGCUCCCAAAAACUAUAACCGAGCAAUUCAGCUUUAUGAGAAAAUUUUAGAGUCAAAUCCAGAUAAUGUUAAAGCACAAGUGGGUAAAGGAUUGAUAUAUGUCGAGAGAGGGGAAUUAGAGGAAGCUAGAACUAUUUUAGGAGCUGUUGUUAAGAAAUAUCCUACGAAUAUUGAGGCUGAAUCAGAGUAUUAUUGGUGUUUAGUCAAGUUGGGAGAAUACUCACAAGGGCGAAAGGGUUUGGAAGGCUUUUUGAGUAAGAUCACUGGUGGUGAUUUACACAGUCGUGAAACUAGAGCUGUUGCUCGUUGGAGAAUUGCAAAAAGUUAUUUUUUGGAAAAUGCCGACAACAAUGACAAUGUUAAAGAGUGCUACAAUAACUUGAUCAAAUCACUUAAGGAUUCUGAUUUGUAUGCACCUUCAUACACUUUGCUUGGUAUUUUGUUUCAAGACUAUUAUGGCGACACUGAAAGAGCACAAAAGUGUUUUUACAAAGCGUUUGAUCUAGACACAAACGAGAUUGUGGCAGCAAGGUAUUUGGUCCAACAAGCGACUCUGAAGAAUGAAUGGGAAGUUGCGCAAGUAUUAGCCAAAAGAGUCGUGAGCAACGAAAGUUCAAGAAGAUUGAUAAUGCGUGGUGAUGUGGAUACAGAUAAAGCAUGGCCUUAUCGUGUGCUAGGUAGUGGUGCCUUAAAUUCUCAAGAUGAUGCAAAGGCUGUCGAAUGGUUUCAAAACGCACUCCGUUUAGAUGCUAACGAUUUUGACUGUUGGGUAGGCUUAGGUGAAGCAUACUACCAUUGUGGACGGUUCGAUGCUGCAGCUAAAGUUUUCCGUCAUGCAUUGACAUUGAAAAAUAAUGACUGGGUAGUCAAGUACAUGUUGGGAGUGGUCAUGUGUGAAAUGAAAGAAUACAAUGAAGGGUUGACCAAUUUAUAUGAAGCCUUAGAAAUGAGACCUAGUGAAGAAUGUAUUCUCAGUGCAAUUUAUGAAGCAAACAUACAAAACUGUCAACGUUUUAUUCAAUCAGGGUUUUUCGGAAGAGCAAUCAACGCGAAUUUGAAAGCAUUAUCUUUUAUAAAACAGUCUCUCUCCCAAAAUUCAACUUCGCAAAAGGCGUGGAAGUCAUUAGGUGAGGUGUUAAAGGUGUUCACUAGAAUUCAACAAAAUAUUAAUCAAGUUCCUUUCAAUGAUGUGUUUGAUAUUUUUGAAAGUUUAGGAUAUAAUGAAACUGUAUCUCUGGUUGCUGAUAUCGAUCUUGAUGAAUCAAUUAAUUUGAAAAAUGCUCAAGAAUUGUAUGCUCAAGGUGAGAAGGCUCAGUCCUUGUUUGUAUUGAUAAUUGUUGCUGCUGUCGCAGGUGUAAAAUCUUUAUCGUUGAAAGCUAACAAGUUGUUACGUGCGACAGCGUACUACAAUUUGGGUUUGGCCUUGUUAGAGGCUUACCAAAAUGACGACCAAAUGCUGGUUUACAGGGACACAUCUAUUUUGUUUUUCAAAAAAUCUAUUCAACUUGAACAAAGCAAUGCUAACUAUUGGAUUGCAUUAGGUAAUGCUUAUUUUACGUCUAAUCCACAAAUAUCACAACACUGUUAUAUCAAAGCUACUACUUUGGAGGUGAAAGAUGCUGAAAUAUGGGUAAAUUUGGCAUCAUUAUUUUUAAGAUAUGGAGACACCGAAUUAUCGAAGGAUACGUUUUUAAGAGCUCAAUCGGUGGCCCCUCAAGAUGCUCAAUCAUGGUUAGGACAUGCAGUUGCUGCGGAUAUAUUGGGUGAAGAAAACAAGGCAUCGGGUUAUUAUGUUCAUGCAUUUACAUUAUCUAAAGGUCGUUUAGCGUUAGCACAAUUUCUUUAUGGAUUAUCGGUGGUAAAUAAAAGCCAAGGUCGGGAUCCUAGAGAUAUUGAAACUGCUCAAGAAUUUAGCAUUAGUAAUCAAGCAAUGCAACAAUAUCUCAAAUAUUAUCCUGAUGAUGAGGCUGGAUUAAGUAUUGCGUUAUCGAUUGCUGAAAGGUGUAAAGAUUUCGAGCUGGCAAUCGCUUUAGGAACUAAAUUAAGUGAACUUUAUGAGAGGCAAUAUGAGGCAAAUGAAAGUGAGGUUGUUUUACAAAAAUUUGCAACUGUGAAAUCUCAAUUAGCUAGAAUUCACUUGGGUUUGGGUGAUUAUGAACAAGCUUUAGACAAUGCACAAAUGGCUUUACAAUUGAAUGAAACUUCAGAGAUCUUGUUAUCUUCGAAAAUUACUAUGGGGCUCAGCUAUUUCUUCCUAAAUGAUUUCCUGAGCGCUCUAGAAGAAUUGAAAGUUGUUCUUGGAGAAUACAGUGAUUCUUCGAGAAUUGUUAGUUUGAUUGCUCAAGUCUUGCAUGCGCAUGGAACUGAGGAGACUAAACAGGCCGCUGUUGAUCAAUUGUUUGCCUUCAUUGAAGAAUAUGGAUCUUCAUUAUUAGUUGUCCUCACUUUGGGUGCAAUUUCUCUUGUGGAUCAAUUGGAUGAUUAUUUGCCGGCGAUUAAGGAAGAGUUGUCAACUCUUGGAUUAAAUGAAAUUGUUUGUGACACCCACAGAGAAGUUCCUCGAUUAUUGAAUGAAAUAAAUACUAGACUUGAUGAUGGUAAUAAUGAAAAUGCUUGGCUUAGAUAUGCAUUUUUGUUCCCAUUUGAUUAUAACAUCUGGAAGAACAUUAAUAGUACAAUGGCUAAACAAGUGAUUUCUUUGCAUGAUGUCAAGGUUAAUGGGGUACAGUAUUCCGAUGCAUUAUUAAAGACUGGUCAAUUGAGAGAUAUUCAACGUAGCUUACUAUUCAAUCCUGGUAACAAUGAAGCUAUAAAGGCGUUGCAUGGGUGUUUAUGA